GUGCCGAGGCGGGGAGUUAUGGGGCUGACCCGGGGAGUCCUCUGCAGGCGCUGCUGCUGGCAGCUGCGGGAGCUCCCCGCCCUCCCGAGAAGCUCCUCCGCUUCAACCGCCCGACGCGGAGGGGUCGGACAACUCUUGGCUCCCUCUGGCCGCUGCCCGUUUCUGCUGCUGCCCUCCGCGCGCUUUUAUAGCAGCGGCCCCGGUGACUCCAGGUCGGAGGAGCGGGCGGUGUUCCUGGGGUUCCCCAACCCCUUGAGGUGGCUCCGCACUCGCCUCUACUUCUUCCUCAUCCGCACCUACUUUGACCGCGACUUCAGCAUCCAGGAGUUCAUGCAAGGGGCGAAGCACGCCUUUACUGUUGUUUCAAGGUUAAUUUCUCAGUGUAAAUACGAUGUAUUGGAAGAACUUGUAUCGAAAGAGAUGAUUCAGGUGUUAAAAGAGAAGAUUUCUUCAUUGUCUGAAAACCACAGAAAAGCUCUGGCUGCGGAGAUGGAUGAAAUUAUGUUCACAGCAGCAGGAGAUGUGGGCAUUUACUAUGAUGACAGUGGGUUUCGAAGAGAAUUCACACAGGGUGUGAAGCCAGACUGGAUGAUUACUUGGAUUGAACACCCAAACUUAUUGGAAUAAGUUCCCAGAACAGAGACUGUCAUAUACUAGUAAUAUUUUGACAUAUCAACAGACAUCUCAAGAUUUGUAUGCCACAAUACAUAGUGGACUAAUUUUUUGAGUUUUGCUUGAAUACCAUCUUGCUCUGAAUAAUAUAAAUAAUAUCUUUCCCAUCAGAGCUGAAAGCACAGUUUGGACCAAUGUAAUGGGGAACAUGUUAGGUUUGUAUGAAAAACAUCUUGAUGUGCUCUGGAAGAAGAUAAUUCAUAGUUCGUAACUGAACAUUGCAUCCUUUUUCUUCAACCAUCUUCAGAUACUGAAAUGGGUGGUUUCAAAAAAAUGAGAAAAAGAAAGAAGUGACGUUCCAAAUAUCAGACUUUUACCUGACUCCAUUGAUACACAGUACUUAACAGCCAAGGUCUUGAUUUAAUGAUCAAAUACAUUAGAAUACUUAAAUUACUUUUCAGUGGACAUAUUAUCUGGAUCAUUCAGCAAUGAAAGUAAAGAUGUUUCAAUAGACCUCAUAUUUAUACC